AUUGGAAAAAAAACAUUCAGUUGUAAUUCACUCAAAACAUUUUCAUGUACGAGUGAAAUGGGAGAAAUUUCUAGGCGAAGAACCCUCGUAAAGUUUCAUAAUCUCCCGAACACAUUCAUCGAGAUGUCGUUAUCUCAUUUGAAUUCGAAGAUAUUCAUCGGAAACUCGUAUUCGAAUUUAGUAGUCGUAUAGGGCUCUAGCCACUUGACUACUAUUUUCGGUGAACGAUGAAGGAUAUUCCAUCUACGAGGAGAAGAAAACUCUUGGACAUUUUCAUGAAUCACGAGAAAAAAAUAAAAGCCCGAAGAAAGGAGAAAGAUGCAGGAACAACUGAAGACCCAAAAUUGUAUUUGGAGGAGGCAACACUGGAGCGACAGCUGCCCGAGUUGGAUCUCAGAAUGAUGGUCGAUUUGCCACCAGGACUCGACUAUAACGAAUGGCUUGCAUCCCACACACUGGCACUGUUCGACCACAUAAACUUAUUCUAUGGAACUAUUUCUGAAUUUUGUACCUCAACAGGAUGCCCAGAUAUGACGGGCCCUGGCUUAAGAACUUAUUUGUGGUUUGACGAGAAGGGGAAGAAGACGAGAGUGGCUGCGCCACAGUAUAUAGACUACGUCAUGACGUUUACACAGAGAACCGUUAGUGAUGAAACAAUAUUCCCUACUAAAUACGCAAACGAGUUUCCCAGCUCGUUUGAGUCGAUAGUGCGUAAGAUUCUGCGGCUACUGUACCAUGUAGUGGCACACAUUUACCACUGCCACUUCAGAGAGGUUGCACUCCUGGGCCUCCACGCUCACCUCAAUUGUGUAUUCGCCCACCUCACUCUCCUUAAUCAACGCUUCAAUCUCAUUGACGCCAAGGAAACGGAAAUACUUGGAGAUUUGGAGGCAGCUUUACUAGGUGACUCCACAUCGGGUACAUCAACUACAACAUCAAUUCAAGAUCCACCAAGUGGAGCCACGUAGAAAAUAAAUCCGUUUAUAGAAUUUUAAUUAAAAGUUGAUGAAUAACCGAGGUUGCAGUUCCUGAGCCUAGGGUCAAACGAUGUAGGUGGAAGCCCCUAAUGUUCGUUGUUCUCAAUAUUAAAAAAAUUUUUUAUUACAUUUUUUUUCGGAUUUAGCUUAUGAACAAAAUGAAGCGUCACGAUAAAUAGAGAGAAAUGGCAUGAAUACUUGAACGACAGUGAUAUGACAGUUUCAUUUAAGAAAGAACGCGAGUGAGACGAAAAUGCAUGUUGAGAAUGCGAAGAGAAACAAAAAAUUUAUGAAAAAUCAUGAAUAUUCGAAUGAUGCUGAGAGAGAAUAAAUCACGUAUGUAGUAUUUGUAAAUAGUGCAAACGAGGCGAGAGAGCAAACAAAUACAAUUAUGUAAAUUAGUCAAUUUUUUUUCUGCGUUUGCUGUUUGUGAGAUUGUACAUAAUUUAUUAAACAAAAAUAGUGAAAAAUGCAGAGGAAGAGUGAAAUGAAUCAAUAAAACAAAUGGAUGAAAACGUUGAAACUGCUGUAAUAAAAUAAUUGUUCUGUAAAAAAAUUUAAUGAGGAGAAAAGGUGAAUGAAAAAAAAAAUUAAAAACAAUAAUAAUAUUGUAAACAUAAAUUGAAUAGUAAUAAAUAUAUACCUGGCGUUGAAAUGUU